AUGCUACGCAGAAGCCUGGCAGCUACAAGUCAAUCUAUCCACCCCACCCCUCUAACUCACGAGGUGGGCAUCACGGAGCGUUCAAUUUCCUGUGAAUCCACCGAGACAAACUACAACACGGCCCAAACCAACCUCCCAUCUCUCUGCCGGGUGACUUUCACCGUCCAGACAAGUCCCAGCAGCACCGCCCUCGCCGAGAUCUGGCUCCCUGAUACAUUUACAUGGAACGGUCGGUUCCUGGCGGUCGGCAAUUCAGGCUUCGCCGGUGGAAUAAACUACCCUGAUAUUGUGUGGGGCGUGAGGAAGGGCUUUGCUACGAUGAGUACGAAUACUGGACAUGAUUCGACUUCGAGUGAUGGGACGUGGAUGUUGAAUAACCUGGAGGCGGCGGUGGACUUCGGUCAUCGGGCUCUACAUGUCACGACUGGGGUGGCGAAGGUGAUUGUGAAGGCGUAUUAUGGGAAGAGAGAGGGGUUUGCGUAUUAUGCUGGGUGUUCGACUGGUGGUCGACAAGGUCUCAAUGCCGCACAACGCUAUCCAGGAGACUAUGACGGUGUUCUCUUCCCGAACAAUCGAUCCUCGUACAUCCCCGCGAGCAUGUGGUCUACGAUCCACCAAGCCGUGCUGGAGCAAUGUGAUGGACUAGACGGCGUUGCAGACGGCAUCAUCAUGGAUCCUCGAAUUUGCAACUUCCGGCCAGAAGUCCCCCUCUGCACAAACGGCAACACAACAAACUGCCUGAGCACCGCCCAGGUCCAAAACCUCCAACGCAUGUACACUUCCUGGCUCGACUCCACCAACCACAUCGUCAACCCAGGUCUCUCCCCCAGCGGCGAAGAAGGCUUCUCUUACCUCAUGAACGGCGACUGGCGCACACUCACGUCAGAAGACGUCCAUUUCGCAGAGGAGAUGAACCCUGGAGGAAUGAAUGCUUACGACCCGGAUCUAAGGCCAUUCGAGAAGAAGGGAGGGAAAGUGCUGCAGUAUCACGGGUUCGCGGACCCCGUCAUUCCAGCCGGCGUUGCGGGGAGGUGGGUUGAGACCGUCGAGGCUUUCUAUGACAGUCUCGGCGGAGGAGAGGAUAUCAGCGACUUCUACCGCCUCUUUAUGGUCCCCGGUAUGGGGCAUUGUAAUGGUGGAGUCGGGGCUUGGGUUUUGGAUGCGGCUGGUCAGGAUGGUCUUCCACCGCCUGAGUGCAAGGGAAGGAGUCAUUCUAUGCUUUGGAGUUUGGUGGAGUGGUUUGAGAAGGGGCAAGGACCGGAGAGUGCGGUGGGAACGAAGUAUGUCAAUGAUAUGGUUGCCUUGGGGGUGGAGUUUGAGAGGGCUGUUUGUUCGUGGCCGGAUGUUGCGAGGUUUGAUGGGGAGAGUGGGAGGUGGGUUUGUCCUGGGGAGCUGGGCGGUAAGUUGAAGGCUUGA